AUGUCUCUCAAUACGUUGGCGCCCGAUCCCUGGGCCGACGCUGCCCACGAUGGCGCCGUUCCACAGCAUCAUCGGAGCUCAGGCCCGGCGCAACCGCAGCGGCAGCCGCCGCAACAACAACCACCGCCGUCUGACACCUCUUCCAUCUCAUCUUCCUCGCCGCCCGCCUCUGCGUCGCACGAUGACCAGCUGGACCGGCAGAUGCUCCGGCAUCUCAUGAAGAAGUACACCGCAGAAGGCCUGACGCGGCUCAUGCAGGAGGAGAAUUCGUCACCGAUAUUAGCAGUCAAAUCCGAAGACUCAUCAAGUAUUUUCGAUUCGGCCAGCAGCACGCGCGCCUUCUCCGAUACGUCAUCGACACGAGGGAGCAUCAUCUCCAACGUUUCCGCCCGAACCGCCAAGUUCCUGAGCCGAAAGCACAACGGUAGCAGCACAUCUCUACCGCAGCCAUUGCCGCAUUCACCCACCCAAGUGUCAAACCUAUCGGCUCAAACGUCGCAUGUGGAUUCCGUCGAUGGUGGGGCAGCCCGAUCGAGUGAAGCUGGGGUUGCAGCGACCAAUGGAGGAGCAAAGCAGCGCGGGAUGUUCAUGUGCGGUUUCUGUAAAGAGGAAGGCGUGCAGAAGACUUGCACUCGAAAGAACGAUCUGAAGCGUCACAUGGAGGACUUCCAUAAUACCAAUGCCCAGUGGUUCUGCCGACACCGUGGGUGUAAUAUGGUCUUUGACUGGCAGACGGUGUACAAGACGCAUCUCAAGCAGGCGCAUGGCGGAUCACGGACAAAUCUGGACGAUUCCAAAGUUACGUUAUGUCCUCAGACCGUCUUCGCAUGUGGGUUUGAGACAUGCACAGAGGUAUUUGAGGCCUCGGCAGACGAAGAUGCGGAGGGUACAUUUAAGGAGUACGUCGCACAUGUGGUAAAGCAUCUCGACGACGGAGCCACCAGCGGGGAGUGGACAUAUUCAACGAGAAUGCGUAAUCUAUUGCGGCAAACCGGCGUCGUCGAGACAUGGGUGCGAUGUGCCUGGCCAGAGGAGGAAAGGAACAAACUGUUCUGGGAGCCUCAAACAAGUGGUGUUCUCAGGAAACGUCUCGAGACAAGGCACCUGGGCGAUUUGAACCUCCUGAUACAAUAUGCAAUUGCUCUGGGAACCGACCCAGCUAGCGAGAGGGACUUUCAGGAUACUUUCCCAACCUUGGUCAAGGAUGAAUGCCGCAUGCAGAUUCCUGGACAUACACUUCGCCCUCGUUCAUCACAGUCCACGAUGUCUGAUCCGGACCAGUUCCAGUUCAGGAUAUCCAGGGGCACUCCCCCAAACCCUCAACUGGCCAACUACUAUGCCUCGCAGCGUCGAGUCUUUCCUCCCCGGGCGCCGGUGAGGUCUGGCCGAUCUGCUCGGCCUCCAGUGCACACUCUACCCAGCAGCUCACAGCAAGCAUUCCGGGGGCAUCAGAACGCUGCGAUGUUCGACCCAAAUUCCUACUAUAACUCACAAGCUCACCAGCAAGCAAUCCAGCAACGGCAGCAGCAACAAUUUUCUAUGAUGCCGCCGCCCCAAGAUAACGGCAUCAUCGCGGAUGAUUUGAGAAGUCUUCACUCCAUGGCCAGCAGUACUUCGAGCACAGAUAUCGACAUGGCAGAUGCGUCAAUUCUCAUGAACCAACAGCCGGAAUACCCAGAUCCGUACGCUCCCUCUGAAAUGGGUAAUCACGCACCUCCAGAUGGUUGUGGUCCUGGCAGCAUGAAAUUCGACCAGCGUAGCCAGUAUGGGGACUACGACGUUCGAAACGGAUAUUAG